AGGUUUUUUGCACUUUGAACGUGCAGAGCCCUCUUGGAUUUCCACAGACGUCGAACAGGAUUUGGUUUUCUCUGUGCAACAAAUGCCCUCCCUGCAUGUAAUCACAGAAGCUCAGUCUGAGGUGAUCGUUCCAUCUCAGCCAGUAGUUUCAUUGGUGGGUGAAGACGUUGUUCUGCCAUGUCACCUGGACCCCUUCAUGAAUGCUUUCGACAUGUUUCUUGAGUGGGCGAGACCUGACCUGAACCCCAGAUUUGUCCUUUUGUGGCGUCAAGGCGAAGAACUGAAGACUAAAAAACAUCCGUCCUUCAGGGGAAGAACAUCAGUGUUCAUCGAUGAGCUGGAGAAGGGAAACAUUUCACUGAAACUCUCCAAAGUUAAAGUCUCUGAUGAGGGAGGAUACAAAUGUGUCAUGUCUGCAUUGUCAAAAGCCUCUUCUGUUCAGCUUGUUGUAGGUUCUGUCUCCUCACCUGUUGUUCAGAUGAUCAAAAACAACAGUGGAGUGUUGUUAGAGUGUGAGUCUGCAGACUGGUAUCCAGAGCCAGAGAUGUUUUGGCUGGACGGCGAGGGAAACCUCCUCUCUGCUGAACCCACUGAGACAGCCAGAGGUCCUGAUGGUCUCUACACUGUCAGCAGCAGAGUGACUGUGGAGAAGAGACAUGGGAGGAAGUUCACCUGUAGAGUCACACAGAGCAAGAUCAACCAGACCAGAGAGAAGCACCUCACUAUUCCAGAUCAUCUCUUCAUGUUCCCCAGCACUGUUGUUAUCAGCACUGUGAUUGGCUGUGCUGCUUUGCUGUUCAUUCCUGCGAUCAUCUUUGUUGUGUGGAGACGGAGACUAAAGAAAUUCACCCGAAUGUGCGUCUUACGUACACUGAAGCACGACGUCCAAACUCUGUCCAAACAGCUGCUCCUGACUGGUCUGAUGAUUUUCUGGCAUGUUUGAUAUUUUGGUCGUUCGACUGCACACACUCGCAGAGCAGGGGCGUGUCCAGACUUUUUUGACUGGGGUGGCCCACCUGGGGCACUAACCUAUGCAGGGGUGGCAUAAAGAGUGAUAUGCAGACAAGCACACACAAAUAUAAAUUUGUAUCUUCUCAAACCUCACCAAUAAUAUAGACGUUAUAACAUUAUUGACAAAAAAAAUAAGAUUUAUGUUCAAAACCACAAUUUAACAUACUUUAAAAUUGUAUGCUCCUGCACAGUCUAACUUGCAAUAAUGCAAUUAUUACAAUGUUACAAUUCACUUAGCAGACACUUUUAUCCAAAGCGACAUACAUCAGAGAGUAAGUACAACACUAAUCC